AUGGUCCAGAUCAUCCACAAGGCGCCCCUCGGCGACAUGGCCGAAUCUGAGCUCUUUUACGGCUCCAUUCCGGACUUUAUGCGAUCCUCCAGGUUUGCAGACGAUGACACCCGCAUCUCCGUGGUGGACUACGACACCGACAAGGCCAUGACUCUGGCCCGAGUCUUCAAGGUCUCGGGCAUGCUGCGGGCCCAGUUCUUCCACACGUACGACGUGGGCAAGAAAAAGGACGGAGACGCCAACCCCAAGGUCAUCUUCUACGUGGGAAACACCGCCGACAACCUGGCUUGUCACAUUGCCCUCCAUGAUCUGGGGGCCAUCAUUUCCCCAGCCUCCACAGCCUACGACGUGAACGAUCUGCUGCACCAGAUCAACGUUGUGGACGCCGCUCUGAUUGUGGCCGAGGCCGCCAGGGCCGAUGUUGCUCGAGAAGCCGUGGCCAAGGCGGGCGAUAAAUUCAAGCACGUCAAGGUCGUGGUCUUUGAGGAGCUGCUGGAGCAGAACCGACGAGUGCGACCCAACCUGAUUCGAGUCGCCCCCAUUGUGCAUCUUUCCAAGGAGCAGGCCUACACAACCCUCGCCUACCUGGGCAUGUCUUCCGGAACCUCUGGAGGAGUGCCCAAGGCCGUGGAGCUCACCCAUUUCGCCAUGACCUCGAACGUGCAGCAGACAGCAAAGAAUGCACCUAACCUCGUUGAUGACGACACGGUUUGUUCUGCUGUGAUUCCUACUUCCCACAUUUACGGUCUCGCUCUGUUCAUGCUGCACAUGCCCUUCCUGGGAGCCAAGGUGGUCUACCACAAGAAGUUCGAUCUUGUGGAGAUGCUCGAGGGCCAGAAGAAACACGGCGUCAACUACUGGGUGUUGGUUCCCCCCAUCAUUGUCGCUCUGGCAAAGCACCCCAUCAUCGACCGGUACCUGGACUCAAUUCGAGCCAACCUCAAGACCAUCACCAGUGGAGCUGCUCCUCUGGGAGGCAACGUGGUUGAUGCCGUCCAGACCCGAUUCACCGGCAACACCCGAGGAACCCUGCCUAACAACCGACGAAUCGUCAUCUACCAGGGCUACGGUCUCACCGAGACUGCCCCCAUUGCCUGCCUCUGUGACCCUCUGUGGGACAACCUCAAUGUGGUGACUGUGGGAACUCUGGUGCCCAACACCGAGGCUCGAAUUGUCGAUGAGAACGGAGAUGAUCAGCCUGCCUUUGAGGUUACUGACGCUCGAGCUCUGGGAGACGCUGUUCGACGAGGAGACAAGAUCCCUUCCGGAGAACUGUACCUACGAGGACCCCAGAUCAUGUCUGGCUACCACAAGAACCCCAAGUCCACCGAGGAGUCAUUCGAGUACGUCGAUUACAAGGCCGAGGGUCUACGACACUACCAGGACCGAUGGCUCAAGACCGGCGAUGUGGCUGUCAUUGACAACUUCGGCCGAAUCCAGAUUGUCGACCGAACCAAGGAGCUCAUCAAGUCCAUGUCCAAGCAGGUGGCCCCCGCAGAGCUUGAGGCUCUUCUUCUGUCUCAUCCCGACGUGGUGGACGUGGCAGUCAUUGGUGUGUGGCAGGAGGAGAAGGCCACCGAGUCUGCUCGAGCCUUUUUGGUGGUCCGAGACCCCAAGGUUGAUGUUGUCGCCAUCAAGAAGUGGAUGGACGAGCAGGUCCCUUCCUACAAGCGGCUGUAUGGAGGAGUUGUUGUCAUUGACGCUAUUCCCAAGAACCCUUCUGGAAAGAUUCUGCGGCGUCUUCUGAGACAGCGAAAGGACGAUGUUGUUCAGGGUCUUGAUCAGGCUAAGCUGUAA